AUGCAACGCAGAAGACCUUCACAACCUUCGGGUGACAGUACUGCCAUACCCGAACCGGAACCUGCGCAUCUUGCAAACGGCCAUGGUUCCGACGACGAUCACGAAGUGACUGAGAUGCGCGACAAUGCUCUUCCAUCAACGAGGAGCUCAAGAUCAGACAACAAGACCAGGUCUCCACUCCGAAAGUGGUGGCGAGAGAAUGUUCGUCUCUCCGUCCCUUCUGUUGAUUGUCGUGAUCACUAUGCAAACGAGCGCACCUUUCUAGGCUAUCUCCGGACAUCCGUCGCCUUAUCCAUGUUAGGAGUGCUUGUAGCCCAACUCUACCGCCUACAGCACUCCGCGACUCCAGAUCCAACCUUCGGCUAUUUCGCACUUGGAAAGCCCUUGUCCGCCAUCCUUCAAUGUGCGGCAUUGGGAACGGUCCUGCUGGGUGGUAUUCGCUUCUGGAGACAGCAGUCGGCUAUGGCGAGGGGAAAGGUGUAUGCAUGUGGCUUUGAAAUGUUGAUAAUAAUGGGAUUCGUGGGUUUGCUGCUACUUACGCUCUUUGUGCUGCAUAUUGCGUUGGACAUUUCCAAGUAA